AUGCAGCUUACCAGUCCUACUGUAUUUUUCUUGCUGCUCUCUUGCUGUCUGUGGGAUGUGGAGUCAAAAAACGUCGCAUCUGUUAUUUCGGUGACAAAUGGAGGACAAUGGGGCGAAUGGGGAGAAAGGAAAGUCUGCCGUACAAGCGAGGCCAAGGGGUUUUCACUGAAGGUACAGCUCGGGCAAGGGAGCUUUUCUGAUGAUACUUCCCUAAAUGGCAUUCGCCUAAUUUGCACUGACGACUCAGUCAUCACAUCUGCAGUGGGAAAGUAUGGUACCUGGUUAGAUGCACAUUAUUGCCCCUCUGGCUUUUUGGCUUCAUUCUCGCUCCGAGUGUCAAAGGAACGUCUGUUUGACAAUAUGGCAGCCAACAACAUCAAGUUUAAGUGCACAGAUGGAAGCGAACUGGAAGGAAAUGGCCUUGCAUGGGGCGAAUAUGGCAAGUGGAGUAAGUCCUGCGAAGAGGCUGGCAUUUGUGGGAUCCAGACAAAGGUGGAUACCCAUAAGGGAAUAUUUUCUCUGGAUAACACUGGACUCAAUGAUGUCAAGUUUUUCUGUUGCACUUAA